CGUGGAUAUGCACAAGGGAGGCUUGGACGUCAUGGGGAGAUGCCUCAUCGUGGGGCUGUCCAUAUUUAACCUGGCAGGUGGGCGACGAGACUGCAACAUAACAGCAGACACAAACAAAUAGGCAACGGACACGCUCUUGCCUUGUGUGUGUGUCUGCAGCUGCUCAAUGGAGGCCGCCGAAGCCGCCACCAAAGCUCGACAGCACCCUCCACUCUAUACACCGGUUACGGGCCGACUCGGCGGCUUUUCAGAACUCCCCGUGGGCGGCCUCCGGCAAAAGCCUGAUGGUCCACUUCAAAAACGAGACCCACGUCAUGAUCGACGCUGUGGCCGCAGAGAGCGGCGAAGAGCUGCUCCGAGAGCUCGAGGAAAUGGGCCUCGUCGAGGGCUCACAGUUCUCCCACUUUGUCAGCGGCUUCCUGCCGAUUGAGGCGAUUGAAAAGUUGAGCGAGAUGCCGUCGCUGCAGUACGUCGGGCCUGCGGCGGUGACCACUCAGGGUGCUCUCGAUAUGGCUCUGAGGAAAGGGGCUGAUUUGUUGCCGGCGAUUGACAAGAAGCUCAUGUUGGAGCAGGAGGACAGGAAGAACCUGGCGGGGAGUGAGAAAGAGAGGGACCCCAAGGCACGGGGGGACGUCAUUUCUGAAGCUGACUCGGCCUUGCGGACGUCCAAGGCUCGCGAGGAGAUGGGCCUCACGGGGAAGAACCUGGCAAUCGGCAUUCUGUCCGAUUCUUUCAAUCAGGUGGGAGAAAGGCGACCGUCAGGUCUGCGAGUGUGUGUGUGUGUGUGCGUUCUGUCACCGCUUUGUGUGAUCGUGCUGACUGACAACCAGGGCGGGGACAAGUUGCUGACGACGGCAGAGGACGAUAUGAAAAACGGCGACCUGCCUCCUAAAGAGAUGAUAGAGAUGCUCAAGGAGGGGCCAUCGGGCAGCGGCAUGGACGAGGGACGCGCAAUGUACGAAUGGAUGGAUGGUAGAUGGAACAGACACACGCCACAAUGCUAUCCCUCUGUCUGCCUCUGUGUGUGUCUGUGUGUGUAACGGUCAGGAUGCAGCUCAUUCACGAGUAAGCACAGCACCUUGGUCAGAGAGGCAGCCACUUAAAGGUGUCCAGCCACGUAUGUGUCCACAUGUCUUGUCUUUGCAGCAUUGUCCCCGAAUCGAGAAUAAUAUUCCAUUCGGCCUUCGGGGGGCUGGCUGAUUUCGCAAAGGGCAUCAUCCGCCUGUCCAAGGCUGGAGCCGACGCAAUCGUCGACGAUGUGGUACGCCACACACACCGCACCGCGCCAAGGCGCGCACAAAGGCGGCACGACAGGCAUCCGUCCGUCUGUGUGUCAGAUAUACUACCGAGAGCCCAUGUUCAUGGACGGCCUCAUCGCGCAGGCAGUCGAUUUCGUGGCCAAGAAGAAAAAUAUCCCCUACUUCAGCGCGGCCGGCAACAACGGCAAGAAGGGCUACAUGUCUGAGCUGCGAAUCACCGACAAGAAGGCGCACGACGGCCGCCUGCACAACUUCGACUCACGGCCGGGCAAAAUGGCCGACAAGCUCAAGAUCAAGGUGCCGCUGGGCUCGCGAGCGCUGCUGGUGAUGCAGUGGGACGAACCGUACUUCAGCGCGACGCAGAAGAAGUCGGCGUCGUGCCAGGCCGACCUGGACGCCUACCUGAUGAACAAAAAGGGCGAGGUGGUGUCCUAUGGCGGCAACACUGACAACCUCAACAACGACCCGGUAUGUCAGAAGGAAUGCGAGACAGACUGCAUGGAAGCAAGGAUGGAUGGAUGCUCUCAUUGUGUUUGUGUUGGCUCGUGUUGUGUUGUGUUGUGUUGUGGUGUGUUGUGUGUGGUGUGUAGGUGGAGAUGUUUGAGUUCCAAAACGACGGGACGAUCAAGGACAAGGCCGAGGCCGACCAAGUCAUCCUGAAAAAACGCAAGGGCAAAGGCAAGGGCAAAGGCGACGACGAGGAGGAAGAAGACGACGACCAGGAGCAGGAGGAGGAGUUCUAUUUGCAAAUCGUCCAGGCAGGCGGCAAAGGCAAACCCAAACACGUCAAGUUUGUCCUCUACGGCUCAGCCAACGUCGAGAUUGAACGAAUCGGCUCAGCAGCAGAUGAUGACGAACAGACCGACGAAGACCGAGACGAAGACGAGGCCCAUCCCUUCAACCUGGCCGACGCAUCCACGAGCACCCUUUACGGCCAUGCCAACGCCGAGAUGGCAGUGGCUGUGGGUGCGAUCUUCUACGGCAAGACGCCCGAGUUUGACGACAAUGAGGUUGACUGGGUGCCGGAAUCGUUCUCGUCUUACGGGCCACAGCCCAUUACCAUGGAUGAGGCGGGCAAGCGGCUUAAGGAACCCAUUGUGCGGAACAAACCCGAUAUCGUCGCACCCGACGGGUGAGAGAAUGACGGACGUAUGGGUCGUCUCGUCUCCCUGCCCUCCUGCCUACCUGCCUACCUGCCUGUAUGUGUCUCUGUGACGUUGUGUGUGUGAGUGCAGGCCCAACACGUCUUUUUUCAUUCCUGGCCUCGACAUCGAGCAUGACGGUCACUUCAAUUUCAUGGGUACGCCGACUGCACACAUGCCGCCGAUAGUCCAGCUGUGUGUAAUGUCUCCCUCGUGUGUGGGUGUCCCUGUGUGAGUGCAGGUACGUCAGCUGCGGCCCCUAGUGCUGCUGCAACGGCGCUGAUGAUGAAACAGGCGAACCCAGACAUAACUGUCGAGCAGAUCAAGACGAUACUCGUCGACACGGCGAUUGACAUGCACGGUGGGUCCACACGCACUCGUGUCAGACAGACAGACAGAGGUACAGGCACCUUGCCACACGACCUGCAUGUGUGUGUCCAUCCAGAUCCGCUGGCCGAGGACCCCAACAAGGGAGUUGGUUUCGACUGGGGGACUGGUGCGGGUCUGAUCGACGGCUGGACUGCCGUGCAGGAGGCGGCCAAGCUGGCUGAGGAAGACGAUGAAGACGAAGGCAAGCAGAAGGGCAAGCGCAAGCCAAGAGGGGGGAAGAAGAAACAAGACAAGAAGGAAGACAAAGACGAGGAUAAGAAGGAGGAUGAAGACGAGAAGGAGGAGAAAGAGGAUGACGAGAAAGAGGAGGAGAAGCCGGAGAUGGCAACCGAGAGGAGGACACGAUCACGAUAGCACCUGUUCGUGUGCAUGGGUCGGUCGGUCGGUUUGGAGGACCGAUGGAUGGACGGAUAAUUACAUGUGUCUUGCUAGCA